UGAUAAUAAUACGCUCGUCAAAUAUGGCUGAACAAGUCAUCACAGUUUUCUCUCGCACUCAGCGGCCUUGGGGUGUGGAAAUCAAACACCCAAGCAGCGGCCUUUUUUCUGAACCAGUCGACAACGCGUCACUGAAGACGGCAGCAUGAACUUCCGUGCAAGAAGAGUCACCUUGCCGGCCAUCACACCUCUUUGUCUGCAGAAGCGGGUCAUCAAGAUCUACAACGAGGACAACAGCAGCAGAGCAGUGGAGGUCCCCAGCGACAUUGUUGCCCGGGACAUAUGUCACAUGUUGGCCUUGAAGGGCCACGCCGUGGACGAACACAGCUUGACUCUGUACGAGCACCUCUCUCACCUGGGAAUAGAGAGGACCAUUGAGGACCAUGAGUCCAUCAUGGAGGUCCUCUCCAGCUGGGGGAUGGACUCAGACAACCGCUUGCAUUUUCGGAAGAACUACGCAAAAUACGAAUUCUUCAGGAAACCUCUGGACUUCUUCCCGGACCACAUGGUGUCCAUACCCAGCGAGAGCAACCGAGUGGUGGAUCACUCCCAACUUGUGCAGAUCUUCCUCAGCUCCAGCACCGGUCCAGAGAUCCAUGGACACCUCCACACCAAGGAACCCAGCCGCAAGUCCUGGAAGAAGUUGUACUUUGUACUGCGCAGGUCUGGGCUCUAUGUUUCCAACAAAGGGACUUCUAAGGAACCGUGGCAUCUUCAGUUCCUGGCGGACUUUACUGACCGGAGCGUCUUCACACUUUUGUCCGGCAAAAAAGUCCACGGGGCCCCGACUGACUUCUGCUUCUGUGUGAAGUCCAUGAAGUGUUCUUCACCCCGGGACAUGAAGCUGCUUUGUGCGGACGAUGAACGGACCAGGACCUGUUGGAUCACAGCCGUGCGCUUGUUUAAGUACGGCAUGCAGCUGUACCACAACUUCAUGCUGCCACACCACAAACAAAAACCUUCUCCAAUGAGGAGCAUCUCUGAGAACUCCCUGGUGGCCAUGGACUUCUCGGGCCAACACAGUCGUGUGAUUGAGAAGCCCUCGGAAGUCCUGUCUGCGGCUGUGGAGGAAGGCCUGGCCUGGCGGAGGAAGAGCUGCCAGCGUCUGAGUGCCCACGGGAGUCCGUCUGCGUCCCAGAGCUCCGUCUGCUCUCUAGCUCUACAUUUAGCGCAGCCUUGGUUCUACGGCCGAAUGUCCCGGGAUGAAGCUCAGCUCCUCAUCACCCAGCAGGGUCCUGUGGACGGGUUGUUUCUUGUGAGGGAAAGCCAAAGCAAGCCCAAGACCUUCGUGCUGUCGCUGUGCCACAUGCAGAAAGUCAAACACUUCCAAAUAUUACCGGUCCAGGACGAAGGGGACUCGGUCCACAGUCUGGACGAUGGUCACACGCGCUUCUUGGACUUGAUUCAGCUGGUGGACUUCUACCAGCUCAACCGGGGUGUGCUGCCCUGCAAACUCAAACACCACUGUACCAGGACCACCUUGUGA